UCUUGUGGUGACGCCAUGGUAAACUGGCAGUAUAUAUACCAGCGGUUACAAGCACCCAGCAUCAGUAGUCGCCGAAUUACUCUUUUGGGAGAGACAAGAUCCAUCGCUAAGCCUCGCAGUUAUGAAACUUUACUUCUUCGUCAUCUUGGUGUCGGCUGUCCUCCUAGUCUCCGUGACUGGUCUCCCGAGAAGACGUGGGUUUGGAGGUGGUGGCGGAGGUGGCCGUCGUGGUAUUGGAGGCGGAGGCGGAUUUGGAGGAGAAAUUGAUAUUGAAUUCGGUCGAGGACGACAUGUUGAGAUUGAUUUUGGUGGAGGUUUUGGAGGCGGUAUAGGAGGAGGACAUGGGUAUGGAGGAGGCUAUGGAAGGUAACGUGGUAAAUAAACACCGAUAUUCUAUACAUCAAGAAAAUCUUGGUUUACUUCAACAUCUUCAUCAACAGUGAAUAAAGGGAUUUUCUCUCGAAUAUGUAUA